GCGACUCACUCUUCUUCUACGGAAAACAAACCUUUUUGAAAGCCAUCAAUUUCGCAAUCAAUAAGAUUCAUGGCGCCUUCGACUCCAUACCGAGACAAAACACGACAACAUACCAAACACAAAUCCUUUAUCAUCAUACCUUUUGAUUUUCGAUCCAAAAGGUAAGCAACUGCGUUUCGAUCCUUUGUUUUGCGUCCAUUCGUCCACUCCGACUUCGGCAAUACGCUGCAUUAUGAUGAUCAGCAUCCCUGGAUCCGCUCCCGCACUGUCCCACCAAUCAUUGAACGAUCGGAAAUCGUCAUCAAUCCGCUCGUCAAACCCUUAGGAGACUGUCGUCCCGAAAUUUUGUCUUCACCUGAAUAAUUUUUCGUCCAAGAAUUCCAGAUACCAUCCUGCUGGUUUUGGCCUCUGAAUCCCAGCUAAAGGCCAAUAAGGCCAACGCAAUAAGGAUGGAUUCCAUCACAAGCAUCAAGUGUUUCGUGUGGUCAAAUGCUCCAUUGCUCGUUCCAUCUUGUUGUCCCUCGCGGGACUUUUUAUCCGUCGCGAAGCUGCUGCUGCUUGUUCCAUACGGCACUCGUAGUCGUUCCUGGUUGCUCUGUUUACUCGCAGUUCAGGAUAUGAAAGAUGUGGAAUCGUGUUUUUCUGACAGACGCACAGACGACUUUUUUGGCCACGCGCGAAAAUCGCGCGUUAUUGCAAGAGCUUUUCUCUUCCGUUAGAGAAUGACAUGCUCGAUGAUAUGAAAUAUUCAAAUAUCCGGGGCAUGGCAGGCUCAAAAACAUGGAACUUUGUGCCCUUGAUGUGCACGUUGCGAUAGGCAUAAUUAUUCCGGAAGAAUGUCUAAUAUUCUCGAAGAACAUAAGGGAUCAUCCUUGAUGGUGAUUGGUGGAUGGUGCAACAACACGUUUAAAAUGGCUUUUCUUGGAGAAAAAACCAUUUGGGCUCGUCUAUUCCAAGAAAAAGCACGACUGCGGUCAUGAAUUUAAAAAGAAUCACGUAUGACUGUUUACCGUUGGGCUUAUUCCCGAGCCUACCGUACCGUAUGGAACUUGAGAAAAGACACGGAUGACGAGUCCAUUGAUGAAUUUAUGAAAAACGCGACUAUCUUGUUAUGGAACUUUCUUAGCUGACUUGACAACACACUCACAACGGUUCUGAUCAUCUCUCUCUCUCUCUCUGUUCCCAUCCCCGAUUGAAACUUCUUCAUGCCAUCGACCACAAAGACACGAAUUUCAUUGCCAUCGAAAACACUCCGAUCAAACAAAAAUACAACGUUAAUUGUCUCGCAAAUUUAUUUGUCUAAGGCAAAAAGACGAAAGACGAAUGUCAACGAUAGACUUAUCAGAAGAAAAGUCCCGUCUCUUCCUUCUCGGUAGUUCCGGUUCCACCAAAGACGGAGACGGCAUUUCCGUCGAAAAAAUCUCUUCGAAAAACUCGAAUCUUCCGAUGCAUCACGCACUUUCCCAAUCACGCAUCAAAAAUUCUGUUUGCGCGCAGAAUUCCGUCGCGCAAGUGUUAAAGAACAAAUCCGAUCUUCCGGUGUCAGGACAGCAUCAGCAAACAGAACAUAAGAUUGUGACAGGAACAAAUCAACGUACUUCGCCAUGCAUCACUCGUGCUACGAAAAGCAAUUUCAAACACGAUCAUCCCAAGACGUCAAUGACACCAUCAGCACAGAAAAGAUUUCCUAACCCUAACGGAACAAACAUCAUUGUUCAGAAAGAAGACACGAUACAGCAUCAGCAUCGCGAGAUGAUUCGAAAAAUAACUAGCGGGAUCUUCUUCGAUGUAUCACGUACACCAUUAGCGAAAGGAGUACAUACAGCCAACGAAAAGGAACAAAAACAUUCCAAUCACGACAAAGCUCAGGAAGAGGUCCCAAUCAUGGAGCCGGAAGUAGAUACACAAGACACUUCCUCAUCUAGACUUCUCAUGAUGCCCCUUCAUCGAAUGCUCGAGGUUGAAUCGCCCUCUGUAAUGGAAGAACACCUAGAAAAGAUUGCUGCUGCCGAAGUUACAUCAACGAUACGAACCGGAACAAACAAAACAAGGAGAGGCGCGAUAUCACGGCUGUCAAGAAACCGAGAUUCUAUGUCAUCUCAAUCUCUCAACGUAUCAGCAACACCUGUCUCAUCAUCAUCAGAAUCGAAAGGAACGAUAACCCCAUCGAAGUCCCGCACCAAAUCAACAAUAUCAUGCUGUAUUCAGCGAACAUCUACGCGGAAAUAUAAGAAACUUACCCUUUCAGCCUACCGCAAGCCGGAGGAGACGGUCUGCUUGACCGGGUGCGACGCGAGCCGACUCUUGGAAAACGAGUACAAUCUUCGAGCUCCCGGUUGCAAGAUUAUAGGCCAUGGUGCCUUUUCAACGGUUCGAUCUGCGCUCAGGAUAACGGACGGUACUAAAGUUGCCAUCAAGAGUAUCUCCAAGUUCGAUGCCUUGCGUGCGAGGCGAUUGCGAAGGCCGAAAGGUUCGAAACAUAUGGAUGAAUGGGAGAUCAUGAAACUACUCCGGAACAACCCACAUGUCCUGACGCUAUACGAUGUCUUUGAAACGGACGAAGAAAUCCAUCUCGUGACCGAGUUCUGUAGAGGCGGAGAGCUCUUUGAUGCUAUCAAGCGCAAGAGCACCCAGAGGUCUUCCUUUCGAAGGGGUAGGUUUUCGGAAGCACAAGCAGCGCGUAUCACCAACCAGAUUUUGAAGGCAAUAGUGGAACUCCAUGCCCUCGGUAUUGUCCACCGAGACAUCAAGGCUGAAAAUAUUCUUCUCCUCAACAACGACGAAUCCGACAUGAAGGUCAAGCUAUGCGACUUUGGCAUGGCCCGACUGUAUCAGCAAACCAAAACACAACUUCCGGAGGUCUCGAGCGACGGUGAGUUGUCGCCCUCCACUCCCGGACUAUUGUUUGGAUGUUCGGUAAACACUCCCCCAGAAGGGUUCCACGGAAGCACCAUCGGCCCUGCGACGGACAUUUUCUCUCUUGGCGUAACUCUCUACAUACUACUAUGUGGAUUCCCUCCCGUCUUUUGUGAGAACUUUGUCGAGUUCCCCGAAGCCUACUGGAACGAUAUUUCGGAGGAAGCCAAGGACGUAGUCCGCUCGAUGCUACACCAUGAUCCACAGCAGCGAAUAUCCGCCGUUGACUUGCUCAAGAAGUCUUGGAUCCGACAUGAUACCAGCCGCUUUCGACGGGGGUCGAUCUCGGCCGAUUUGGAGAUGGUUCGAGUCCAAUUAAUUCGAUCUCUAGAGGAAGCCGCGGGAUGCCCUUCGAAGGGAACAAGCAAGAGAAGAGGAUUUGGCACAGGUGGCGGUCCCAACAAGCGGCCUCGACUCUCCUCACUGGACAUUUCUCUCAGCGCGCUCUAUAGCUGCACCAAGAAACGUGACAUUCGCGUCAUAGAGGAAAGGGUAGAAAGCCGCACGAUUGGUGGGGAAGAACGCGGCGAGGGAAUGGCCUGUUCUUAGUGUAAUUGCGAUGGACAGCGCAAGUGCACGGGAAAGCGUUGCUAUCACAGCGUUCAAGAAAGAAAAGGUAAAGAUCGAUGUCUGUACCAUAGCACCAAUUUGUACAUAGUGCAUUAUAUGUAAAUUUUAA